AUGACAAAGGGACUCGUUAGAAUAAGACUCGCCAGAUUCGGGAGAGUCAACCAACCAGUGUACAACAUUGUUGUCUCACAAGCCAAAAAAGCUAGAGAUUCUAAACCAAUUGAAGUUAUUGGAACUUAUAAUCCAAUUGCACCACCUCCAAAGAAAUUACCAUCUGGGAAACUAACGGUACCAGCCAAAAAGAUUGAAUUGGAUUUCGAUAGAGCUAAAUAUUGGUUAUCCGUUGGUGCUCAACCUACAAUACCAAUUAUUAGAAUGUUCAAGAGAGCUAAUCUAUGGGUUUGA